UUUGGCUCUGACUUCAGUUCAGUUCAAAGUUUAACAGCUGCAUCAACUAAUAAAAAACCCUCGUCAUGUUAAGUCAGGGUUAGACAUAAAGGGUAAUGCACGAGUCUUAAAUUCACACCAGUUAUUUCUGUAAAGUUUAAAUAUAUAUCUGUUCCACGCCGUGAGGGAAGUGUUCGCAGCGCAGGAAAGUUCGGUUCAGCUUGAGGAAUCAGCUCCGAGGAUUCGGUUCCUGUUCCAGUUGAAAGCAGCUGUGGAAAUGUGGCUGAAAUUUGUAGCAGCUGUGCGUGGGACCGAUGUUUUCUACAAACCGCAGAGACUCCUGCAGAAGACACAUUUGUCAUUAGUUCAGCCAAGUUGUUCCAUUCAUAUCGACACUCCUCCCAGUGUUCCGACUCUCACCACCAGCUAUGCCCACGGCAUCACCUCAUAUUCCUUACUGUCUCUCACUGUGGGCCAGAGCCUGCAGCGCAGAGUGGAGCGCACCCCUGACCGUGAGGCUGUUGUCUUCCUGCAGGAUGGCAUCAGGAAAACAUUUUCUGAGUUCCAAAACGAUGUGGAUCAGGCAGCUGCAGGUCUGUUGGCUCUGGGUCUGAAGAAGGGAGAUCGAUUGGGCAUGUGGGGACCCAACAUAUAUGAAUGGAUUCUGAUGCAGUUUGCCACAGCAAAGGCUGGCAUUAUCUUGGUGUCAGUGAAUCCAGCUUAUCAACUGCAGGAGUUGGAAUUUGCACUGAAAAAGGUGCAGUGCAAAGCAAUUGUGUGUCCAACUCAGUUUAAGACCCAGAGGUACUAUGACAUGUUGAGGCAGCUUUGCCCUGAUAUAGAUACUGCUUCCUCUGGAGGCUUGAAGAAUUCAAGGUUGCCAGAUUUGAGUAUGGUAAUUGUGACGGACAGUAAACAGCCUGGGGCUUUCCACUGGAAUGAUCUGAUGCAGGCGGCGAGCAGCCAGCACUAUCAGGAGCUAGAAGAUUUGCAGAAAAAAAUCAACUUUGAUGACCCUAUUAACAUCCAGUUCACAUCGGGAACCACUGGGAAUCCCAAAGGAGCUGCUCUGACUCACCACAAUAUUGUCAACAAUGCAUAUUUCAUUGGAUUGCGUGUAGGAUAUGACUGGAGGCAAAAGGUUAAAGUGUGUUUGCCAGUGCCGCUGUACCACUGCUUUGGCUCAGUGGGUGGGGGGAUAAUAAUGGCAGUACAUGGUGUCACACUGGUCUUUCCCUCCACUGCGUAUGAUGGACAUGCCAACCUGGCAGCUAUGCAGAAUGAGAAGUGCACAUUUGUCUAUGGCACCCCGACAAUGUAUGUAGACAUGCUGGCACAACCUGACUUGGCCAAGUUUGACCUGUCAUCUGUUGAAACAGGAAUUGUUGCUGGCUCUCCCUGUCCUCCUGAAGUUUUGAAGAAAGUAAUCAAUGUCAUGGGCAUCAAGGAAAUAACGGUUGGAUAUGGUACCACUGAGAACAGUCCAGUGACUUUCUGUGGUUUCCCAAUUGACAACAUGGAGAGAAAGACAGAAACUGUUGGGUGUGUUCAGCACCACACUGAGGCAAAAGUGGUUGAUCUCACAACAGGACACACUGUUCCUCUUGGAACUCCAGGAGAGCUUAUGAUCAGAGGUUACUGUGUCAUGUUGGAAUAUUGGCAAGAUGAAGCCAAAACCAGAGAGUGCAUAACUAAAGACCGCUGGUACAAAACCGGUGAUCUUGCCAGUUUGGACAAGUUUGGCUACUGCAGGAUAGAGGGCCGUAUCAAAGAUAUGAUUAUCCGUGGAGGAGAAAAUAUCUAUCCUGCUGAAGUUGAGCAAUUCCUGCACACACACCCAAAAGUCCAGGAAGCACAGGUGAUUGGGGUGAAAGAUGAGCGGAUGGGUGAAGAGGUUUGUGCCUGCAUUAAACUGAAGGAUGGACAGGAGUGUACUGCAGAGGAGCUAAGGACGUACUGCAAAGGCCAGAUUGCCCAUUUCAAGAUCCCCCGCUAUGUUACUUUUGUUAAGGGCUAUCCUCUUACUGUCUCAGGGAAAAUCCAGAAGAAUAAGCUGCGGGAGCAGACAGAAAAACUGCUGGGACUGUGAACACAGAGACUUGUGGUAUUUUAAACAAAUGAACAGUUAACAUGAAUGUCCAUCAGUGUAUCAUUUAACAUGAAUAGUUAACAUGAAUGUCUGUUUUCAUAACUUUUUUUUAUCUGAAAUUUAUCAGCUUUUAAUAUGGUUAACAUUUUAUAUUUGUUACAAGGCACAUUUAAAGUAUUUCAGGAAAUGCUUAUUAAGAAAACAAACUAGGCAACGAUGAACAAAACUUCUAUACCCCUGCAUGAAAUCACUUCCAUUUGGAACACAUAUCAAUGAGUAACUCGAAUAAAUAUUUUUCCACUAUUGUGAUAAAUACUGCAACAAAAACCCUCUUAUGAUAAAGUGAUGAACACGAUACUGAAUGUAUAAAAUGCAUACUAUCAAUUUGAUUUAAGGUCAACUACUUGUUUACUGUUGCAAUAAAUGUAGCUUAUACAGUACAAAUAAAGUGACC